AUGCUGUGUCCGACCCGGUACGUUCUUGCGGGCGUUCUCAGCUACGUGCUGCUUCUACCGGCGCGCGCGACCGCCAAGGUCACGCCGCACGUCCACCGACACUUGGCCGCGUACGAUACCAUGGACAUCUUCGUGACGUUUACGAGUCAUCAAGCAGCACUGGACUGUGUGGCAUCGACGCCGUCGCACCACGACCAUCGAACUCGUGUCUUUCAAGCGCUGCGUGACCACGCGAUCGCGUCUCAAAAGGCGGCGUUGGCGCUUCUUCACGACCACGCGAGUACGUCCUUUUGGAUCAGCAGCAGUGCCGUCGUGCACAACGCGUCGGCUUCGAUUGUCGCGGCGCUCGCCUUGCUCGCGGAUGUCGUCACGAUCGAACCUGUCUCGGUGAUCGAGCUCGACCCGGUGCUGUCGGGAGCCGACGACAACACGACGUCAAAAGACGUCGAGUGGGGCGUGGCGACCGUCGGUGCGCCAGCCAUGUGGCCACUCGCCAACGGGUCUGGCAUCGUCGUCGGUUCCAUCGACACGGGCGUUCGCCAUUCGCACGAAGCGCUCAAGAGCAACUGGCGCCGCCACCGAGGGUGGUACGACCCGUACAACCGCACGCGCGUACCGAGCGACGACACGGGCCACGGCACGCACACGACCGGCACGAUGGUGGGCAGUCACGGCAUCGGCGUCGCUCCCGGCGCGCAGUGGAUUGCGUGCAAAGGCCUCCUCAACGGACGCGGGACGUCGGCGGCGCUGCUCGAGUGUGCCCAGUUUAUGCUGUGCCCGACGUUUUCCGACGGUAGCCACCCCGAUUGCAGCCAAGGCGCCGACGUCGUCAACAACUCGUGGGGUGGUGCGACGUUCCACCCGUGGUUUGAAGGUGCGGUCGCGGCUUGGCACAAGGCGGGCAUCACGCCGGUAUUCUCGAUUGGCAACAAGGGUCCGGCGUGUGCGAGCGCCGGCAACCCCGGCGGGUACCCCAACGUCAUCUCGGUCGGCGCCGUCGGCUCCCACACAAAUGACCCGACGCAACUCGCGUACUUUUCGGCCAAAGGGCCCGCGACCUACAUGGAUCGUCGCGGUGUCGUGUCCAAGCUCAUCAAGCCGGUCGUGGCAGCGCCCGGCUUUUUCAUUCGGUCCGCCAAAUACACGGGCAACCACCGCUACGGGCAGCUCGCGGGCACGAGUAUGGCCGCACCGCAUGUCUCAGGCAUCGUCGCGCUCCUCAAGAGCUACCGCCCGACCCUCAAGUACGACGACAUUUACGAACUCGUCACUCAAACCACGGAGCGAACGUCGUUGCAAUCGGAGCCUACAACGUGGACCAUGCCGCACAACGCCACGGCGCCGGGGGCCUCUAACUGCGGCGGCAUGCCAGACACGGCGUGGCCCAAUAACCGGUAUGGCUACGGCCGCGUGAGCGUCGCCAAUAUGUUACGGCACCUCGACGCGGCGAUUCCAGUGUCUGCGCCGCUGCCAGUCGUCGCCCUCGCUCGCAUGGCCCCGUCGCCCGAAGCAUCGUCAUUGCCAAUCGCACUGAUGACGUACACCAAACACGUUUUGGCGGCAUGGGAGCACCGGCUCAUCACUGACUCGGUGCACAACACCUCCCACGAGCGCUUCCACUACGACGCCCGCCGUCAAAUGCUUCGGUCAGCGCAUCUGGAUGGCCACUGCCUCGACGUAAUCCACCAUGCCGCUGUGCAGUGGGGACGUUGCAAUGAUUCGGCGCCCAUGCAACGAUGGCUACUGCGAGAUGACUCUAUCGAGUCGGUGUCGCUGCCGGGGUCGUGCGUCGACAUGCAGCCGCCCGGUGCACGCGCGACGCUGGCGCCGUGCGAGCCGUUGGCGCUCACCCAGUGGUUUCGACCGAAGUUGUCGACGGAGCUACCACCUUCGACCAUUUUUGUGCGACUGACGACCAAGGAUCGCCGCGUUCUCGCGCGUGAUGGGCAUGACGUUGCGUCGCGCCGGCCCCUCGGUACCAUUGGCGAAGUCUUCGAGUACGACGCCGACACGCAGUCGCUCCGAACGGGCGACGAGACCGCAGCGCUGUGCUGGACCGCGCAUGGCUCUUUGCUGCAGCUAACGCUUUGUGAGGCGGCCGCCGUGACACAACGGUGGACCAUCGACGCUGCGCACCACCGUAUCCGCCAAGGUGAGUCGUGCGUCGAGGUGACGCCGAACCGUGUCGAGGUCCACUUGGCGCGGUGCCAGUACGCUCAACCAGAGCAGUGGGUCGAGGCGAUCUCUGUGUCUGUCUAG